AUGACCGAGACAUUGCUGGCCCUGCCUUUUCGGGACCCCCAGUUCAUAGAGGCGACCUGCUUCCAGAUGAGUUUUCUGGACGCCGUGGCGAGCUGCCGUCCCGUUCUGUUCGAGGCCCCCCCUCUGCGGCGCCUGCGGUUCCCACGCGGACAGUCGCGGACCCCCCCCCCCCCCCCCCGCGGCGGCGCUGACUGUGUGUCCCCCGCAGUGUACCACUGGGCGGAGAUGCGCGCCAAGAUGCGCCUCCUGGGCUUCAAGGGGGACGCCGUGAAGCCGCUGAACGAGGACGCGGCGGCCGAGCUGGGCGCGGAGCUGCUGGGCGAGCUCACCAUCUUCGUGGUGGCCUGCAGCUGCCUGAUGCUGGAGUACUGGCGCCAGCAGGCCAACCACCGGCGCAAGGUGACCGAGCGGCGCGCCGCCUGGAGCUCGCUGCGGGACGAGGUGGACCACCUGGGGCUGGCGCUCGAGGCGCUGCGGGAUCAGCUGCAGGCGCUGCCGCCGCCGCCCGCGCCCGGCUCGCUGGAGGAGCUGCAGGCGCAGAUGCGCGACGUGCGCGCCCAGCUCCGCGCCCUGAGCGCGCCGUCGGCGCCGCAGGCUGCACCCAAGCCGGAGGAGUAG